AUGGUGGGGAGACUUGUUGAGAUGCAGCCUCUUGUCACCCUGGACACUAUAGGAGAAUAUAAGUGGCCGAUCAGGCAAGCUGGAAGAACUGGGAAGUUGCGAUCAGAGAAGGGGAAACUUAAAUACAUAAAAACAAACAUAGCGCUCUCUUCCUUUCUCCGCCAUCGUGGUGUGUGCAUUACUCCGUUUCUCGCCGUGUCUUCUCACAAGACUUUCAGGAUUAAGCGAUUCCUGGCCAAGAAACAAAAGCAAAAUCGUCCCAUUCCCCAGUGGAUUCGGAUGAAAACUGGUAAUAAAAUCAGGUACAACUCCAAAAGGAGACAUUGGAGAAGAACCAAACUUGGUCUGUAAGAAAUUACACAUGUGAUGGCACACAUAUUUAUGCUGCCUGUAGGUCACAGUCGUGUUACCAAAUCAAGCUGAAAAAUGUCACCGCCAUCUGGAGAAGUUUGAACAGUUUCCUUUCUGUAUCUGUUAUGAAGGCAUUAGUACAACGCACAGUGCUUCCAUUAUUCAUGUUAAAAAAAACAACAACAAGGUUUUGGUUGCCUGGGUUCAGUAAUAAAUAUGUGAGACCUUUCA